UAAACAUCUCUCUUUUAUUUUUUCUCUGUUCUCUUUUCUCUCUCUAGAUUCGAUUUGGGAGCGAUGAGCGACGCCAUUGAAGCUUCCACAUCGUCUUCAUCUUCGCCCAGAGAGUCAGUCUUCAUCCACCCUAGGCGCGAGCCCUUCGAGCAUGGUCUCCUCCCAAUUCCCAAACUUAUCUUCACCGACCCCAACGCAACCCUAGCUCCGUUGCGCGACAAGCUCGUAGUCGCCGCCGCCGACCAUCCUGCUCGACGGGUCGACUCGAAGGCGCUCUCCGAUGCUCUCCAGAUCUCGCUCGACCAUGCCCGGCUCGUUGUGGACACCCUCACUUCAGUCCUCCACGACGACGCUGACCCGCUUGUUAGGGCGAAGUCGAGCGAGAUUGACGCGGUGGGGGCCGAUGUUUAUGAUCUGAUUCUGUUUCUCUAUAUUCAGUCCUAUAAGAGGUUGCUUCCCCGGACGCAUAAGGAUUCAGCGGCGGUGGCGGAUGUCUGGCCGUCGACGUCGGCUUUUGAUGGGUAUUUGUCAGCGUUGUCGCCACUCCAGCUUGUCCGCAGCAACAGCCGGAGGUUUAUGCUUCACAA